CAGGCCAUACCUACCACGAGCAACCCAAGCCAUCCAUGGAGUCCGCUGGCCCCAGCACCCGGGCCACCACCGUCGGAACCCGAUGCAACCCGGCGCAACAAGUAGCCGACCGGAUCAUCCGAGCCCUCCGCCACCGGCUCCGCCUCCUCCACCGGUCGGACGCCAACUUCUUCGUCUUGGGGGCCACCGGCAACGUCUACACCGUCACCCUCGCCUCCACCCCGUCAUGCACCUGCCCGGACCGCACCGUUCCUUGCAAGCACAUCCUCUUCGUCCUCCUCCGCGUUCUCGGUCUGUCCUUCGACGACGCCUGCAUCUGGAGGCGGACGUUGCGCCCAUGCCAGCUAGCCCGCCUCCUGGGCACACCCACAGCCCCCGACGUCCUUGCCGGAUCCCGGGCCCGGGAGAGGUUCCACCAGGUAUUCUCGGGCAACGGCGGCGACGCCGAGCGGCUGGUGGCCUCGGCGAGGGAGGACGACGGCGCCGUGUGCCCCAUUUGUUUGGAGGAGGUGGGGGGAGGCGGGAGGCUGGUUACGUGCGGCACCUGCGGGAACUCCCUGCAUGGAGAGUGCCUUGUGGGGUGGAAGAGGAGCCGAGGAAGGAGGGGAACCAGCUGCGUGGUGUGCCGGGCCCGGUGGACGGAGAGGAGGGAGCAGGAGCGAUACGUCAACCUCGCGGCCUACGUUAGCGAGGAGGUCGACGAAGGUGGCGGCGGAUCGUGCGCAGGCUGAGGGACUCGGGUGCAUGUAGCCUUCACUUCGUAAAGAUGGCGGCAGCCUCUGUAUAUAUUAUUAUUUUUAAACGAAAUCGCUGACUUUUAAUCUUGGAUGUGUAUCUUUUGAUCAUGGGCUAGCUAAACUAGACUGAUACCCAUUAACAAAGGUGUGUUGCCCGCCGAAUUCAAAGCCUCUCAUGAAGCAAUAUAAAUCAAGUCAACUUUGAUGGUAAA